AUGGUAUUGAGAUAAGUGAAAAUGUAAAAAUUACUAUUAUUGGUUGAGAUCUAUGGGGUUAUUGUAUACUUGAACAAGAAAUUCCUAAGGCUCGUAAAAUAUUAAGGAGAGUGUUAAGGAAAAAGGUAUUAAAUAUUAUUAAUUAUAAUAGAUUAUAUUUAUUAUCUACAAGUAAUUCUAUAUAUUUUCAUCAUUCUGAUAAUACUCAAAGGAAAUAGAUUUAAAUUCUAAGUUAUUGA